AUGGAAGCUUUUAGCUUGCUCAAAUACUGGAAAGGGGGUGGUCCACUCCCACCUCCCUCCGCCCCCGCCCCAGAUGCCACCUCCACCUCUAUCCUCUCCGCCGAGGUUGAAACCGACGAUGAUGAAGGCCCUUUCUUCGACUUAGAAUUUACUGUACCCGACGAAGAAGAAGAAGAAGAAGCAGCAGCAGCUAAUGAUUCUCAUGUAAAUGAAAAUCCAAACGCCAACCACAGUGAAGAUGAAGAUCAUGAAGAAGACGACGACGAGUUCAAGUUUACGCUUUCCCCUUCAAGCAAUGACCGUAGCGACCCUAACCUCUCGCUCUCACCUUCGGAUGAUCUUUUCUUCAAAGGAAAGGUGGUGCAGUUGGAACCUGUUCUCAAUUCCUCCGAACCAAACUCCAAAGCUGCGUCAUUGUUGAAAUCUGCCACCAAGUUCCGUGUUUUCAGGUUGGGACUUAAGAAAUCCAAGUCAAACGGCUCUGACUCUGUUUCUUCAAAUCCGAAGCAGCAACAGAGAAAGCUUUUCACGGUGAAAUUCAAGGUUGAAGAAGUCCCCAUUGUGUCCUUGUUCACCAGAGAUAACAGCUCAAGAGGAGGAGGAGGAGGUGGAACAAGUGUUUCAGCUAACAAAGCCCCCCACAACCAGAACACAGAGGAAUCACAGUCACAGUCUCAGUCACCUUCUGAAGAGAAACGUUUCUCAAAGGAAGUGAUGCAAAAGUACUUGAAAAAGGUUAAGCCUCUCUACGUAAAGGUUUCUCGGAGGUAUGCGGAGAAGCUAAGGUUUUCUGGCCAGCUCAACAUAGCCUCUACCGGGUCAGGUAAAUCUGCUCCGUCGCCGGCGAAAGCGGUGGCGGAGAAGGCUCAGACGGAAGCAGAAGUGAAGGGUCAGAAUCAGAAUCAGAAUCAGAAUCAGAAACAGGGGAAUCUGCCUCUGCCUCUGCCUGCGGGGCUACGAGAUGUGUGCAAGCAUUUGGGCAAGAGCCGUUCGGCGUCGUCGACGGCGCCGUUAGUAUCUUCGCGGCGGCGUGAUGAUUCGCUGCUGCAGCAACAGGAUGGGAUUCAAGGUGCCAUUUUGCACUGCAAGAGGUCCUUCAAUGCCUCCAGAGAAUGCCAGUCUUCGCAGCUGCCGCGGUCUGUGAGUGAUCCAUUGCACGAGAUAUCCCCUCAAUUGUCAAGAAAAUCUACAAAUGAAAGCAAAGACGCCUUUGAGAUAUGAUUUUCGUUGUCUUUUAAUUUAAAUAAAUUAUAACCCCUUGCAUUACUGUGAAAAACGCAACAAAUGAGUUCUAUUUUCAAA